UUCAUUCCAAGGAAGAGAAAGGAGAAGAGAGGCACUAAGAACGAGUUUGAAAGGCUUGAGAGAAAGGGUGAGUUUGAUUUCCGAAGAAGAAGACAUGGGCAAUAGCUUAAGGUGUUGUUUGGCUUGUGUUCUUCCUUGCGGAGCUCUAGACUUGAUCCGUAUAGUCCACCUGAAUGGCUACGUAGAAGAAAUCACGGGUCCGGUCACGGCAGGGGAGAUCCUCAAGGCCAACCCCAACCACGUCCUGAGCAAGCCCUGCUCCCAGGGUGUAGUACGUAAAAUCUUGAUCCUCUCACCGGAAUCCGAGCUCAAAAGAGGCAGCAUAUACUUCUUGAUCCCAUCCUCUUCUUUGCCUGAGAAGAAAAAGAGCGGCGUACACCAUAAAAAGCACUCCAAGAACAAGAGCAACAAAUGCAGCGGCGGUGAUGUUGUUGUUGCAGACGACUGCGAUCGUUAUCUAUCGAACGUCGUUUCAGAGAAGAAAUCCUCACGUAGAGAUGGCCGGAACGGUCGUGUCGGAGUAUGGCGGCCUCAUCUGGCAAGCAUCUCCGAAGACUAACAAAGUCUUUUUUUACCCCCCGCCCCCGCUCCUCCAUCGAUCUCAUCACAUCUCCAUGGAUACUAUCACAGUGGUUCAAUCAUGCAAUGGGGACGUGUUUUUCUCUUUUCCUUUUCAAUUUUUCGUGGGGUAUUGGUUUUUGUGGAUAUAAUUUACUUCAAUUCCCUUUUGGUUUUUUUCGAUCUGCGGAUAAUAAUGGCAGAUUCGGAAUCCCACCAUUUGCUCAUGAUGAAACCUAUAGAUGAUUCAUGGAGAGAGAAAGAGAGAGACAUAUUUGUACUAAUGGUAUUGUAUUUACACCCUCAAGAUGUAAGUAAACAAAUGCUUUCUUCUUCUUCUA